AUGUCUGGAGAAAUUACUCAUCUUGGUUUUUUCCCUCUUAUUACAGGAGCUAAAGUUGCUGCAAAUAAGAAUGUUGACGUGAUCCUUGGUGAAGACGAACUUGUCCACAUUUCUCAGGUGUCUCUUGACUUUAAUGGCUAUCCGGAUGAAAGAGCGAAGAAGAUCAAGAGGGAAAGAGAUACCAAGUAUCUCUCUUUGGUCAAACGUGAAGCUGAUAUUGGUAUUUCAAAAUGGAGGAGACUGUACUUCCAUAUGAUGGCACAACAGGUAGAGACAUUGGUUACUUCUCAGAAGACGGAGACAGAUGUUGCUCCUCAAAAGACAAUGGAAUUCUGGGGAGCUAAAGUUGCUGCAAAUAUGCCUUUUGACGUGAUCCUUGGUGAAGACAAACUUGUCCACAUUACUCAGGUGUCUCUCGACUUAAACGACUGUGAGGAUGAUAUUGCCAAGUUGUUUAUAAAGGUUGGUGACGGAGGGAGAUAUACGAUUGGCUCUCUUUCGCUACAGAAAGCAAACCACAUGAGUGUCGAUCUAAUAAUUGACGAAGACUUCAUCCUCUCGCACUCCCUGAAGAAAGGCAACGUCCAUUUUACCGGGUACACCACACCUAAUCUGGAAGCUCUUGUCAGUGAAGGCAAGGACAAGAAGACUGCUGGUAAGAGGAAGGCAAGAUGCUAA